UGUGUGUGACUUGGUGUGGCGUUCAGUGGUACACAACCUCUCGGUUCAUUUGGAAGCCGUGCGCCUGCUCAGGCUGCAGAGACACAGCUGGUUGGUGCUCCACACAUGGCCCCCGUUGUGUUCACGUGUUAGCGACGGCUCGCACUGUGAGUGUGCGGGUUUGCGUGUUUAAGUGUGCGGUCCUGUCCGAGCUGCUAAGCAAACACGUUAAAGGAAUACGCCACCAAAAAUAGUUCCUUUGAGAGAAAAUCACACACUCUUGUCUAUUAGAAACUGAAAGCAGUAUCAUAAUUUUCACAAAACUGGAUGACACGGUGACAACACAAUAUGCUCAUCUUUCCACAAUGCAGUUCUAAUGAAUGCUAGUAGGAUUGCAGCUAACUAUUCCAAUACUGUUCUAAGUCAAUUAAUCAUGUUGCCUAUGAAUGCUGGUAAGUGAUAAUACCUCUGACAGUCGAUAUAUCGGUGAAUGAACUUGAUGCUCGACAAAUUUCUCUAAACUCUCUUUACAUGACGUUAAAUCUAAAGUAAACACCACCAUGAGUCGGCACAUAAGGUGGAGGUUGGAGUGGUGAAUCGGCAGAGAAAUGGUGAGAAGUAGAGCUGAAGAAAUAAGCUGAUUAAUCAAUUGGUUGAGCGACAAAUAAUCAUUUAUAGUUUUGAUAAUCAAUGAAUCUGUGAAUGGAUUUAUCAAAGAAAAAGGCCAAACAUUUCCAUUAAAGGAAAGGAAGGAAUUUUUUUGUUUGUUUGUUUGUUUUUUAAAUCUUUUGUGAACAUUAAGUGUUAGUGCAACUGUAGUGAGUAUCAUAAAGUGUCUGGCUAUGAUGGAGGACAGCUUCAACUUCAUCUUCAGCGCUCUGCCUGAACUAAGCUGCUCUCUAGUGAAUUAUCAUCCAGCCUAUUAGCAUAAAGGUGGCUCUGUGACGUUUGAAGCUCGCCCCUUCUUGCAUUCAUUGUAACUGAGCUGUGAAUCCAAGCUGCCGCCGUCCUUGAAGAAACAAGAGGGCAGAAACUGUAUCAUAGUCACCUUCCUGUGAUACUUUAAAAAGAAAGAGAUUUUCAGUUCCUUGAACCCUUUUCUCCUGCCGUAAUACUGAGCAGAUGUUAAAUGGCUCUAACAGGACAGGUCCAGUGGAUAAACGUGGCGAGGACUAUCAAAGUGUCAAUAUUUACACUGCUUUUCUUGUCAGCGUAAUACAUUUAAAUGUGCUCGCUCCUCUCUCACACAAUGUAGCGACUCUGAUUUUAAGCAGCGCAGUUUGUCAGUGGCAGAUAUAUGUGUUUUUUUCUUUCUCUGAGCUGUUUGAGGUGCUGGAGGAAUGCGUCGUUUGUGCUCAGCGGAGUUUACUCGCUUCCAAGAUAGUCUGUAGUGCUUUCACUGCAUUUCCUUUGGGACACAACACUCGGCAAAAAAAGGAAGUCUCAAGGUGCCUGUGUUCGGCUUUAGAUGUGACUCUUGGUUGGUAAAUAUUUAGAGAGCAAACAUUUUGAUACCAGCAGGGAUUAUAGUUGAGGGGAAACAUGUUUUUCUAAGAAUGUAAAUGUCAGCAUAUUGCAAAGCAUAACGUUAUAUAUUUUCAUUUUAAUACCAGUCUCCAAAAAACAGCAGUUUAGCAACUCAAGUCCUACAGAGGAAAUCAGAUUGUUUUUCCAGGUCCAGCUUAUUUUGAUGUUGCUCGCCCACUGAAACUCAUUCUCUUUGUUCAGAAACCAUCCAAUUCAUCAGCAUGGAUUGCUGCCGCCCACAAACAACCAACAUAUUUGUUCUGCUGCUUCACCUUGUUGGCUUUGUAGAGGGAAGGUGCCAAAGGUGGAUGUUAAACAUGUCAAGUGCUAUCUGCCUUAUUUACUUGGUCACUGAAUAUUCAUGAGCCUUGAUACCGGUGUCAGCCUUCAGCCAGCCGUGCAGAGAACCAGCAGCAGCCUCUACGGUCAUGGGACGAGCUUGAUCCUUCGACGCGCUUCCAUCUUUGCCAGAGAUCCUCUUUCACGUCACAUUAACGUUUGUUUUCUAAUAAGGCGGAGAUUUCACCUGAAGCUGACAGUCGCUUCCUGUUCCAAUUUGCAAGGGGGAGCCGCACUGCCUCUCUCUCUCUCUGAGGCGCUCCAGGACGAGUCAGCGAAGGCACCCUGUAAAGAAGGAGGGCGGGGGGUGGAUGGGGUGAGUGAGGAGAGCGGGUAUAACCCUGUGUUCUGCAGUCAUGCCUAUUUACUCCCCCUGACACCUCCGGGGACACGCUCUGACCUCUGCAGGGAUCUCGCCUCCCUCUUUACUCUCACUCAUGCGUUUCCUCUCUGCUCAGAGGAAACCGCACCGAAUUCCUUGCGCAUUACAAGAGCUUUGGGGAGGCCUGGUCGUCGCACGUCCUCGUCUAGACUGCUGUGACUGUUGUUUGGCAGCGCCGGCCGAACUGCGGUGUGGGGUCGGACUCACUUAGCGUGGCAGCGGAGAUUGCAGUGGUUGUCUCAUUAAAUAUAUGUUUCCUGUGUUAACAUGACAAGCUCAUGUUCUCUGCUGUUCCUUGCCUCAGUUGAAAGACACCCUCUACAGGCCGUAGCCUCUCAGAGCUUGACACUGUCAACAUGGUUAAUGGUGUAGAUUAAUAAUUUUCAAGGUGUUGCAGUGAGAUUUGGGCUCUGGUGGAAGAGAUAAUAAGGUAGUUUGCUUCAGUGAAAGACAAAAAGACUGUGUUAAAAUAUUCAGUCAUGAGUCCUGCUUUCAAAACUUUAAUUAAGCCCAUUGGGAGAAUGUAACUUAGGUACUCGAGUACUGCACAAAAGGUGCUUAUACUUAAUGUUAGAGCUGGUCAGAGCUAAUUUUAUUGGCUAGUUGGGUAGUUUACCCUAUGACAAUUGUAUAAUAAUCAUAUUUCAUAAGCCAGUAAGUAAUGCAGCUUUGAUUUGAGUGAAAAGUGGGCCUAUUUUUCUUUGCAAUGCAGUGGAUUAAAAGACUUUCGUAGCGUAUCAGGAAAAUGCUCACCUUAAAAUAAGCGAGAGUACUUGACUAAAUGUACUUAGUUACUUCCCACCAUUGGAUUUGUGAGAGGAGAAACAGAGAAAGCCUGAGUGCUGGCUCUAAGUCCUGACACAUGAGCUGUUGGCUGCAGCAGAGGGAAUUUCAUCCCCUGUCAUCUCCUCGUUGAUUGGUAUUGAUUGGUUGGGCUGAAUUGGCUCCUUGAAUGGAAGUUGCAUCAAAUAAUCCCUCAUUCUUGUUUCCCAAAUCCAUUGUUAGGCCUGGAGAACGAUUGUAUCAGUGGCUUUCCAAGCACGCGACGGCAAACUGAAACAUUUCCUGCGUGGUUCAAGAGAAAGACGGGUUUUCUAGCCUCAGUGUUUUACUUGGGCAAAGUUGACCUACCGAGUAAUUGUGACAAACAUAGCCAAGGGGGAGCUGAGCGUUGCUCUGCCCCCAUUUCACUGUGGUGGUUUUCAAAAGCAAAAAAAAAAACCCCAAAACAACAAAAAACCCUCAUUGCACCUGCGGUUUGUAUAGACAUGAAUCUUUUCCCAGACAAAACGAGGAAUUCACUGCAGCUUGGAAGAAUCCCCCCAUGGUUCACGGAUGACACGGUCUGCUGUGCUGCUGCCACUGCUGCCGCUGCUGCCGGUUGGCUUUCGAAUGGGGCAGCUUGAGUGUAAUGAUGAAAUGGAAAAGUUCCAGCGCAAUGAACACUCGCACGAAGAAGGAGCAGAAGAAGUGAAUCGCUGAAGUGUUUCUCCUCUUGGUGUGUGAAUGGGUGGGGGGGGUCCUUCGUGUUGAAGAAUCAAGGAUUGAAGACAACGCAGAGCGCUCCAGUUUAAUGGCUGGCAGGUAGAGGCCGAAGAGGGACAAUCAACAUGAACUCGAUUCCGUCGAUGGACAGACACAUACAGCAGACCAAUGACCGUCUGCAGUGUAUCAAACAGCACUUACAGAAUCCAGCAAAUUUCCAAACAGCAGCAACUGAGUUGCUGGACUGGUGUGGCGACCCCCGAGCAUUCCAGCGCCCCUUCGAGCAAAGCCUGAUGGGAUGCCUAACAGUGGUCAGCCGCGUAGCAGCACAGCAGGGCUACGACUUGGACUUGGGCUACCGACUCCUGGCCGUGUGUGCUGCCAACAGGGACAAGUUCACUCCAAAAUCAGCAGCUCUUCUGUCCUCGUGGUGUGAGGAGCUGGGACGCCUCCUCCUCCUCCGUCACCAGAAGAACAGGCAGAACGAGCCUCCAGGAAAAGUGCCCAUGCAGCCCCCCAUGAGCUCCAUGAAGCCCAGCCUCUCACAUGGAGAUGGGUCUUUUCCCUACGACUCAGUUCCCUGGCAACAGAACACCAAUCAGCCUCCAGGUUCGUUGUCUGUGGUGACCACCGUGUGGGGUGUAACCAACACGUCGCAGAGCCAGGUGUUGGGGAAUCCCAUGGCCAACAACAAUAAUCCCAUGAACCCUGGAGGCAACCCUAUGGGCUCGGGUAUGUCUGGUAGCAAUCCAGGAAUGAACUCUCCUCAGUUCCCUGGUCCUCAACAGCAGUUCCCCAGCAAAGGCAACUCCAGCCAGGGCUACAUGCAGCAGGGCAUGUACGGACGACCCAACUACCCUGGAGGAGGAGGCUUUGGUGGCAAUUACCCUGGAGGGCCUAAUGCUGGACCUGGAGGAAUGGGCAUCCCUCCACACUCCCGCCCUCCUUCAGACUUCACCCAGCCUGCUGCUGCUGCCGCCGCCGCUGCAGUUGCUGCUGCCGCUGCCACAGCAACCGCCACUGCCACAGCAACUGUAGCUGCCCUUCAAGAAACCCAGAACAAGGACAUGAACCAAUAUGGACCGAUGAGUUCCUCUUUCCAGAUGGCACCAAACCAGGCAUACAACAGCCAGUUCAUGAACCAGCCAGGACCCCGUGGCCCUCCAUCCCUCCCUGGGAACAUGGGCACAGGUAUGAAUGCAUCCAACAUGAGUGGCCCCCCCAUGGGGAUGAACCAGCCCAGGGGCCAAGGCAUGGGGCCUUUCGGUGCCCACGGCCAAAGGAUGCCCCAGCAAGGCUAUGCAGGACCCCGGCCUCAAGGCAUGGGUAUGCAGGGCAUAAAAAGACCGUAUCCAGGGGAGCCGAACUAUGGCGGGCAGCAGUAUGGACCAAACAACCAGUUCCCUAACCAGCAGGGGCAGUACCCCACACCCAACGCCUCGAGGCCACUGCCAUCCCCCAACUACCCUGGCCAGAGGAUGCCAGGACAGCAGAUGCAGGGCCAAUACCCGCCACCCAGCGGUGCCAUGGGCCAGUACUAUAAGCAAGAGCCACCUUUUAAUGGCCAAACAAAUAACUUCUCUGGGAGCGGAUAUCAGUACAACCAGGGUAAUAUGAACGGGCCGCCCAGACCUGUGGGUAACUACCCCCACUCCCCAGUGCCAGGCAACCCAACCCCUCCAAUGACCCCAGGAAGUAACAUCCCUCCAUACCUGUCACCAAACCAGGACGUAAAGCCACCCUUCCCUCCUGACAUCAAACCAAAUAUCACUGCGCUCCCUCCCCCUCCAGCUAACCACAACGAGGAGCUGCGCCUGACUUUCCCAGUGCGAGAUGGCGUAGUUCUAGAGCCCUUCAGGCUAGAACAUAACCUGGCUGUCAGCAAUCACGUCUUCCACUUACGGCCGUCUGUACACCAGACUCUCAUGUGGAGAUCGGACCUGGAGCUGCAGUUUAAGUGCUACCACCACGAAGACCGUCAGAUGAACACUAACUGGCCGGCAUCGGUCCAAGUCAGCGUAAAUGCCACGCCGCUCACCAUUGAGCGUGGCGACAAUAAGACCUCCCACAAACCCCUGCACUUGAAGCACGUGUGCCAGCCAGGAAGGAACACAAUCCAGAUCACAGUCACUGCCUGCUGCUGUUCGCACUUGUUUGUGCUGCAGCUGGUCCACAGGCCAUCAGUUCGCUCCGUCCUCCAGGGCUUACUGAAGAAGAGGCUUCUGCCUGCAGAGCACUGCAUCACCAAAGUCAAGAGGAACUUCAGCAGCGUAGCGGCGUCAUCAGGCAACGCAACGCUCAACGGAGAAGAUGGCGUGGAGCAGACAGCCAUUAAGGUUUCUCUCAAAUGUCCAAUCACUUUCCGGCGAAUACAGCUUCCAGCAAGAGGCCAUGACUGCAAACACGUUCAGUGUUUUGAUUUGGAAUCAUACUUACAACUGAACUGUGAGCGGGGGACAUGGCGAUGUCCUGUAUGCAAUAAAACAGCGUUGUUAGAAGGACUCGAAGUGGACCAGUACAUGUGGGGGAUCUUGAACGCCAUUCAAAACUCGGAGUUUGAGGAGGUGACCAUUGACCCGACGUGUAGUUGGCGGCCGGUGGCUAUCAAAUCCGAUGUCCACAUCAAAGAGGAUCCAGAUGGACCACUGGCCAAGAGGUUUAAAACAAUGAGUCCCAGCCAGAUGAUCAUGCCCAACGUGAUGGAAAUGAUAGCUCAGUUGGGCCCCGGACCAUCGCCGUACCCACUAAUGUCUUCUCAGCAAGGGGGCAACAACAACGAAUACAACAGCCAAGGCAACAAUUACCAGGGGCAUGGGAACUUUGACUUUCCUCACGUCACCCCUGGUGGUACGUCGAUGAAUGAUUUCAUGCACGGCCCCCAGCUGUCUCACCCGCCUGAUGUGCCCAGCAGCCUGAUGACCCAAGACAAGCCGCUUUCCCACAACAUGCCUGACUCGAUACCUCACCCUGCCGGCAAUGACCAGUCGCACGGUCCAUUGCAGCAGAGCUUACAUGCAUCUCCACACCCUGGGAGUCAAUCAGGGCAGCAGCUACACCACAGCGGGCCUCCUCAGCCAUCACGACAAGCUCCACCUCCUCAACAACAGCAGCAACAACAGCAGCAGCCCGGCCCCAACAACCACCCCCAUGGCGACCUGACCUUCAACACCUCCAGCAGUUUGGACAGCCAAGCAGGGUCGGACAUGCCCGAGCCAUCUUUAGACCUUCUUCCAGAGCUUGCUAACCCAGAUGAGCUGCUGUCGUACCUGGAUCCUCCAGACCUCCCCAGCAAUAGCAACGACGACCUUCUAUCGCUUUUCGAAAACAACUGAGGCAAUUCAGACACACAUAAACUUUUCUGACUGCCUGCAGUGUCUCUGAGAAACCCAGAGUGGUCACUCAGUACUUGAGAAACACAAAGAUGCACUCCCUUUCUCUUCUUCCUCUUGUACAGUUUUCAUUGGCCAGCGCAAAUUGACUGAAAGAGGUUCAAACUCAAAGACACAGUGGGAUCUGGGGGGGAUCGCCCUACCCUCUCACCCCGUGGCGAUACUUUAGAACUGUGCAGCUAUACUCAGUUGAUUUUUUUUUUUUUUUUUUAAAGCCACACACAGGUGUAUGUGUGCACAUUAGGAACGUGUUGUAGCAUUUUUUAUUCAUGUUUUGUUUCCUUUUUAGAAGAAAAAGGAAAUUCACUGUAUAAAACAGAAAAAGAACUGAAAAAAAAAACCCUACGCUAUCUGGCCAGUGUGCGUUAUGUCCAUAUUGUUAUUCCAGUCUGAGAGGCCACAGCUUCCUGUUGUCACAGCUCCAUUCCCUGACUGGUCUUGUUAGUCGCACUGUUCUUGUACAUCACACAUCAUUUAAAAGCACAAAGAGAUUUUGGCAAAUGCAAAAAGAAAAAAAAAACCUUUACAAAAGAAACACGAUCAAUUAGAUCAGCGUAUGUCACCUUGACAGAAUGUUUUUACAAUAAUUUUUGCUCUUCUGCCAACAUUUUAAAACGAUUUCUGGCAAUGAUUGGCUUUCACUUUUUCCACAAUUUGAUACAUUCAUAUUUUUGUCAAAAAGAGAUAUUCCUUCUUUUCAGUCCUCUGAGGGUCGACUGCUGGAAUGGAGAGUUUGGCUCCACUUAAAAAAAAGAAAACAACAAAAAAAACAAUAUUGCGUACCAAGAAUAACAUACCUGCACAUAUUGUAUAGUUCUCCUGUACAGAGGAGUGAUUUUAAAGGAAAAGAAAGGUACAAUAUGAGAGACUGGGGUUCCUGUAAUGAUCCUGCUGCGUUUACUGCUUGCUGCUACAACUCCCUCCAUGCCGUCUGCUCUGCAUGAGCCCCGAUGUUGCUCGUGUCAGCAUUUUUGCAACAUUGCAUCUCGCUCCCUGUUAAAUGAUGUGCUGUUUAAAUAGUCUACAAAGUGCAUGUGUGCCAAGCCCUUGUCCAGUGCUGUUCCAAGUGGUUAAAAAAACAGACAAUGUGGUUUUUAUCAGUUGCUGUUUCCACAGCUCUUUUUGUCUGUGCGUUUGUUUUUGAUUUCUGUCCGAUUUAGUAAUGAUUUAUUUAACACUAACAUUGAAGGGAUAAUGCCGAUAUCAGCAAUACAUUUAUUAUGUAUUAUGCUGGAUAUACUGUAUUAUGUUUCGUUUGUUUUCUUAUUUUUGUUGCUGCAUAAGUAAACUAUCCAUAAAUCUUUUGGGAAACAACACCAAAGUUAGAGGGAUGAGAAUGGAGACGUUUGUGUUUGCUUGGUCCUUUGUGAGAGUGUGUGAGUACGUGAGUGAAUGUGUGUGUGUGUGUGUGUUUUUAUUGGUGUGAUGGGAGGUAAUAUUAAUUUCAAAGAUAUAGGGGGAGGAAAAACAAGGUUUAUCCAUCACUGCUGUUCAAGAAGUGGUUUUUAAAGCAGUAUUGGUGCAGACUUUUGCCACAUUUGUUUUCAACUUCCCUUUUUGAGGAGAGUGCUGUUCAGUAUGCAAAUGUAUUAUUUUUUAAGAAAUGCUAUUGUACUGUAAAUAUCAUUGUGAAUAUUUUUGUAUCAUCUUGAUAACGUUUGUCCUUUGAUCAUUAGUCGUCCAACCUAACCAACGUAUGCUCCCAAACUCCCAUCUAACCACUGACUUUGUUUGUAACCAGCAUACGACGGCUGUCUCGCCUCCUUGCCGUGGGGGGAGCCGGUCCAAAUGUCUCAUAAGCUAUUUCCUGCAGGUCAUCAUGCAUUCUAGUCACUUUCCUCCCAGUGCACUCUGUCUCACACCUGUCGUUUAUAGACAGGUGUCUCAUUUUUAUGUGGCUCCCCCUACCCUCUUCCCUGCGUUAGCUCGAGGUGAUUGUGUAGCAUCAUGUCAUUUUUCAGCUGUCAAGCUCAGUCUGACGCAGCGUUUUCCUUCAUGUUCAGCUAUAUUUGAUUGAAACUGAUCAAUGUUGUCAAUUCAUGAGCUUAUGUUAACAUUCUGUCAUUGAUACUGAAGAGUAAUGGUUUUAAAAAGAUGCGGUAUCAGCUGGCUUUCAGUGUAAUUAGUGAGCUAUGUGAAUAUCAUAAUUGUUGCUAAUUGUCAAUACACAAUGGUAUUUUAAAGAUAUAUCACAACCAUAUUUUAAAGAAAUCCAUGAUAUUGUUUAUAUUUUUGUUAUAGAAAAUGUGGCUUUUUUAAAAGCACGAGACCAUAUACAUUUUUAUCCCCUUUUGUUUUUGGUAAAUUAUUUUGUACUGGUUUUCUUAUUAAUCUGUAAGGCUAGAAAUCCAAUUUCUUUCAACUGUAGCAUUGUGCCGAUUUAACCACCCUGGUUUUAUGUAAACAUUAUUUUCAACAUCAUUUAAGUAAUAUUAUUUUGUUCCAGUUCAGCACACUGACAUGUUUCAUAUUUAUGUCACAGACAUCAAAUGAAAUAAGCCCUCUUUUAACAAUACACUGCCACAUUUUCAUUUAUUUACUAUCUGAAUUGAAACUUUUCAUCAGUCCCAUGGAAAUCGUUAUUAUCUCAUACUUUGUCCUCACUUUCAUGUGAGCCAAUUUGGUGUAUAAGGCAGAACCCCUAAUCUGUAGUUGCACAAUCACAAUAAAGGGCCAUUUCUGUGGGGGGAAGUUGUUUAAAAAAAUGGAAAAUAAAAAUAAAAAAUACAGAGAGUAAGGGCACGCUCAUCACUCUGGCCUGGAAACGAUUUAGAGGGCAAGGCUAGAUCAAACGUCCCAAGGAUGCCUGUAUAUAUGUAAAUGAAUAUAGAGACAUGUGAACAGAAAUGUAUUCAUUUUCCCUGGGAAUGUGCAUUGUUUCUUCAGAAUAAUAAAACGCUUGCAACCCCUCUAAUGGAAGUGGCUGAAUAUGGAAAAUGAAACUUGUUAGUUAGUGUCUGUGGGUAUCUCAGCAUUUUGUUCCCCCACUGUAAUAUACUUUCACCUCUUUUGUUAGGGGAACUGGGACAGCUAUGUUUUACAUGUAAUAUUUAGCCUAAGUGUUCUAGUCUGUCACCUGCAUACUCUGAGGUGCUAAAGCUUAAAAAAAGGAAAAAAAAAAAAAACAAGGUUACAAAGAAAAUCGUUUGGAGGGUUGGGAGAAAGGCGGUGGGUGGGACGGGUCCAGAAGAUUGUAACCGAAUCCAUAGUUUGUACAAUUUUUGAUAUCAUGAGCAGUUGGAAAAAUGAUACAAUCUAAGGUGAUUCAUGCAAUGUGGCCAUUGUCUCUAUUGUGUACAUUGUAUGUACAAUCAUUUCAUAUUCUAAACUGGUCAGAAAAUAAAGGAACUAAUUGUGAUUUUUAGUCUUGCAGAACUGUAUGUAGUUAGAUGAUGUGACAACCUAAUAUUUAUCUAAUAAAUAUGUAUUCAGAUGAUACCUGUA